GGAGUGACGCGGCCAUAUUUGCCGGUGCUCCGCUGUAAACAAAAAGUGUCUGAGACGGACGCUCCGCUGAUUUUAGGGACAAUUUUAUUUCUCUCAUUUAUUAUCUCUUCAGGUAUGUCUUACAAACCCAAUCUCCAUCAGCACCUUCCGGGAACUUCUGGGAACCAAGGAAACAUUCCCUCUCCGUCUUCAAUGGCAACGAUACAGUCAUACAAGCCAUUUCUAAAUGACUUUGGGCCGCCUUCGUUGGGAUUCCCACAGGUAGGUUUCAUGUUAUUAUAUUUCGCCAUCAUUGAAGAACUUGGGAAAGAAAUAAGGCCAACAUAUGCAGGGAGUAAAAGCGCCAUGGAGCGACUUAAAAGAGGUAUCAUUCAUGCCAGAGGGCUUGUUCGGGAGUGUCUGGCAGAGACAGAGAGAAACGCCAGAUCCUAGCGCCGCCUCCUGCGUUCUCUCCAUACGGCUGAAAGAACUGUCACACGGGAGUCAUGCAUGCCUCUCCUUUGAGGGGAUAAAACAAUCAAAAAAAGGAGUUGCGCUUUUCAUCUGCGGUUUGGAGGGAAUAAGGCACCAUUCAGAGAAUAUGUCUUCUGAUUUAUAAAUGCAAGAGAUCCGGAACUGUUGCCAUCUGAGUUUUUUUUUAUACAUUUCAUUUUCUUUGACCACAUAGUAUCUUUAAGAACAAAUAAGCAAAAAUGCAUGCAACCGGAUGAAAGGUCCCACAGUAGAAUCUGCAUGGCUUUUACAGGUUAGACUAGGUUUGUGCUUUUAGAAAUAGGUCUCAGGAUAAGGUAAAGUAUUUUUUCUUUGGACGCACUAAUGGAUAGGUGAGUUUUCUUUUAUUCGGGGAGAUACUGAAAAGUAUUCUAGUGAUGCCAUUACUUUCGUCUUUAACUGUAUUUAUUACCUUGUGUAAUACAAUGUAUUUUCAUGUAAAGACAAAAAAGGUCACUCUUUGGAAUUUUGUAUAUCUGUCAAUAAAUAUGACAUUCAUUGUGUAUGAA